GGAUGUUCUAUCAAUAAUCAGUUAGGCUUCAGCAUUUGAGUCAUGCAGAUGUAUAGUUUCUGCAUAAAUCUGCGGAUUUAUUUUUUGGGAUAGUGCAGCCUAAUGUUUUAUUUUUUAGUGUGUUGGAUAGGAUAUCAUUGUGGUGAGGUGGUCUUGAGUUCAGUCUAACGUUACCUAGCUAGUCUUUCUCGCAGAAUUCAAAGGAAGGGGAACGUGUCGACGAAGAUACUCAAGUCCACACGAUGAAUAACAAACCUGGGAAAAAGCAAAGCAACACAACCAAGAGGACUAUACAGUCUAACACUAAUGGGGUUACUUUCAACUCCAUCCGAAUAAAAAAAGAACCAGGAGACUUUGAACGGAAGGAAAUUGGUGACCAUUCCAAACGUCCUGUGCUGGAGAAGCAAAAGCACGUCAAGCAACAUCAAACUACGUCCAACCAAGCGACCCGGUAUAGCAAGAUAUCGAGGAGUCCUGUGGUGAUACUAACAAAAUUGUCCAACGUGGUGCUUAAGACUCUUCUGAGAGAAACUAAAGUGCGUUUGGUGAAGGAGGAGACAGAUGCCAGGAGGGAUGAAGACAACAGUGAAGUCUCUUCUCCGCAGUUCUUUCCUUGUCCACACUGCACCAUCUCCUUCACUGACUGUUACUUCCUGGAGAACCACAUCAAGACCAAACACCAGAAGCAGUACCUGGCCAUGCUGAAAAGCCACGUCUCAAAGAGUAAAACCGUGUACGCACCCACACACAGCUGUCCCCAGUGCAGCUGCAUGUUCCAUACCCCACGACAGCUACACAUCCACACCCGCCAGGCCCACCCCUCCGCCCUUCCCCAGAAACCUGCCCGUCCCCCCAGGGUUCCAGGGAAACUCCACCCCUGCCCGCAGUGUGCCCGUAGAUUCCCGUACCUGGGAACCCUGCUGAAGCACUGCAAGAAUUUGCACAAAAUGGCUGUUUUUCGCACCGAUGGUCAUAUCAGUUGUGCUGACUGUGGGAAGAGCUUUGAAAAUUGCUGGGGACUAGGGCCACAUCGGUGUCAAGAACCAGAGGGCACUAAACCUAAGGACACUAAGACUGUGGUCUGUCUGGAAGUCGGCUUCCAUUGCUCAGAGUGUGGGAAGAUCCUCAGUACUCCUACGAGCCUGGACACUCACAUGCGUAUCCACACUGGAGAGAAGCCGUACGAAUGUAAGGAGUGCGGCAAGCGCUUCUCAGAGAACAGCGGUUACCGUUAUCACUCGUUAAUACACUCGGGGCUCAAGCCGUUCAAAUGCCAGGACUGCGGGAAGACUUUCAAACGGAAGUCGCUCCUCUGGACUCACAUGUCGGUUCACACUGGUGAGAGGAAGUUCUCCUGCACCCAAUGCGAUAAGCGGUAUGCAAGCAGGGCCCAUCUGAAGCUUCACCUGCGAACACACUCGGGGGAGAGACCUUUCAAAUGCACCGUUUGUGGUAAAGACUUUGCUGACAAAGCUUAUCUGAAAACACACCUGAAGAUCCACAGCAACGAGAAGAACUACCACUGUGGGGUUUGUGGGCGGGCGUUCUUGAGGCUGGGGUUGUUGAAGUUACACAUGCGCUCACACACCGGGGAGAGGCCCUACCACUGCACAGUGUGCGACAAGAAGUUUUUUCGACUCUCACACCUGAAGAACCAUCACCUGACUCACACGGGUGAGAAACCAUACACCUGUACCGAGUGCAGUAAAAGCUUCACUCAGUCUGGGGAUCUGUCCAAGCACAAGCUCCUACACACUGGGGAGAAGCCAUUUGAAUGCCCUGAAUGCCCCAGCCGGUUUAACCGUUCUGGUUCUCUGUCCAGUCACAUGAGGACCCACACUCACCGUGAUAUAAAGCCAUACUCCUGCCAAGAAUGUGGGAAGAGCUUUUAUGAACAGAGUCACGUCAAAGUCCACAUGAAGACCCACACAGGGGAGAGACCGUAUCCCUGCCCCCACUGCCUUUUCAGCUUCACUCGGAAAGCACAUCUCUCCAAACACCUGCCUAGAUGUCGUAAAUGAUCAUGGUUGACAUUUUUUAUGACACCUUUUUUAUUAUGAAAUUCAUUGUAUUCAUAGGAAUCACUUUUAGAUGAAUCCACCACAGUAAAACAAUAACGUUAUAUAGUCAUGGAAAACAUUGAAACAUUAUUAUACUGAGCAAAAAUAUAAACGCAACAUGUACGGUGUUGGUCCCAUGUUUCAUGGGCUGAAAUAAAAGAUCCCAGAAAUUUUCCAUACGCACAAAAAGCUUAUUGCUCACAAAU